GCCGCUAUCCUCGCGACGUGCGACAAGGAUUAAAUCAAAUCAAGCCGUCUCGCCUUGGGGUUUCCCAUCCCUCCCUUUAAAAAAGGGCGCAUCAUCUCUAAACUCCCCUCCACAUCUCCAAACUUCCAAUUUCUCUCUCCACAUCUCUCUGUGUUUCUUUUAUUUCUCCUCUGCUCGCGGCGAUGGCGGCGGCGAACGGCGGCGACAGCAAGGGGUUCGAGGUGCCGAAGCUGGAGAUCAAGUUCACCAAGCUCUUCAUCAAUGGCCGCUUCGUCGACGCCGUCUCCGGCAAGACAUUCGAAACCCGUGACCCGCGCACCGGCGAGGUCAUCGCCAAGAUCGCCGAAGGAGACAAGGCCGACAUCGACCUCGCCGUGAAGGCCGCCAGGGAGGCCUUCGACCAUGGCCCCUGGCCAAGAAUGUCCGGCUUUGCGAGGGGAAGGAUCCUGCACAAGUUCGCGGACCUGGUGGAGCAGCACGUGGAGGAGCUGGCGGCGCUGGACACGGUGGACGCCGGCAAGCUGUUCGCGAUGGGGAAGCUCGUCGACAUCCCCGGCGGCGCGAACCUGCUCCGGUACUACGCCGGCGCGGCGGACAAGGUGCACGGCGAGACGCUCAAGAUGGCGCGGCCAUGCCACGGGUACACGCUCAAGGAGCCCGUCGGCGUCGUCGGCCACAUCGUGCCGUGGAACUACCCCACCACCAUGUUCUUCUUCAAGGCCAGCCCGGCGCUCGCCGCCGGCUGCACCAUGGUCGUCAAGCCCGCCGAGCAGACCCCCCUCUCCGCGCUCUUCUACGCCCACCUCGCCAAGCUUGCCGGCGUCCCCGACGGCGUGCUCAACGUCGUCCCCGGCUUCGGCCCCACCGCCGGCGCCGCUAUCUCCUCCCACAUGGACAUUGACAAGGUGAGCUUCACCGGCUCGACGGAGGUCGGCCGGCUGGUGAUGGAGGCGGCGGCGAAGAGCAACCUGAAGCCCGUCUCGCUCGAGCUGGGUGGCAAGUCUCCGGUCAUCGUGUUCGACGACGCCGACCUCGACACGGCCGUGAACCUGGUCCACAUGGCCUCCUACACCAACAAGGGUGAGAUCUGCGUCGCCGGCUCGCGAAUCUAUGUCCAGGAGGGGAUCUACGAUGCGUUCGUGAAGAAGGCGACCGAGAUGGCCAAGAAAUCGGUGGUCGGAGAUCCGUUCAACCCGCGAGUUCAUCAAGGCCCUCAGAUUGACAAGGAGCAAUACGAGAAGAUCCUCAAGUACAUCGACAUCGGUAAGCGCGAAGGCGCGACGUUGGUCACCGGAGGGAAGCCCUGCGGCGAAAACGGGUACUACAUCGAGCCCACCAUCUUCACGGACGUCAAGGAAGAAAUGUCGAUCGCGCAAGAGGAAAUCUUCGGGCCGGUGAUGGCCCUCAUGAAAUUCAAGACGGUUGAGGAGGCGAUCCAGAAGGCGAACAGCACCCGGUACGGCCUGGCUGCCGGCAUAGUCACCAAGAACAUCGACGUCGCGAACACGGUUUCGCGGUCGAUCCGGGCAGGGGCAAUCUGGAUCAAUUGCUACCUCGGCUUCGACCCCGACGUGCCGUUCGGGGGGUACAAGAUGAGCGGCUUCGGCAAGGACAUGGGCAUGGACGCCCUUGAGAAGUACCUCCACACCAAGGCGGUGGUCACCCCUCUCUACAACACCCCUUGGCUAUGAUCUGAUGAUGAACAGCACAGAAAGAUUAAUUACAGUGGAAAAAAAUAACAUUUCUAUAUAUACAGCUGAAAGGUUGGGUUAUAUUUGUGGUUAGUUGAUUGCUUGUAUCAAAUAUCAAUUUGUCGGAAUAAAGACAGUAUAUUUCAGUUUC